AUGCCACGUUCCGAUAAAGAAAUCCGCCUCAUUAUUGCACAGGAAAUCCAAGAACUCGCUAAGAAGCUCCCGAAUACAGUCCCAUUGGGCGAGAAGGACGGGAAGAUAUAUUGCGUGAUCACUGGUUCCCAGAAGGAUACUGAAUGGGAGACAUUUGACAGCCGCUUCAAUGCUCUUAUGGAGGCCGUUGUCAAAUAUAUUUUCAUUGCUGUUGAGCAACCGAACAUGGAGCAGACCCCAAUGAUGAUCAAACUUGAACGUCUCAAGCAGGAGCUUGAGAAAUUGGUCAUAACAACAGCGCCGCCUAUUGCAGCUGCAGCCACAAAAUCAAAGAAGUUAGUGGUGCCUGAUCCAGUUAAGGAUGCCAAGAACGCACUUCGAAGCAUUGGCAGAGGUGCUCUAGCAAACCACCUUCUUCCUCCUCUUGCUCCCGGGCAUAUGGUUGAGCACCACCCGGACGAGGGAGCUUGA